AUGGUUGGUUGCAGUGAGUGUAAGCGUGGCGGCGACCGGCUGGCGACGCCGCGGAUGUCGCUGCUGGGCAAGCCGCUCAGCUACCGCGCCACUCGACGCGACGCGCGAUACCGACGCCUUCAAUCAAAGUUCUACAAUUUCCUUGAACGGCCAAGGGGUGCAAAGGCCGUCCUAUAUCAUAUGAUUGUGUUCCUGAUGGUGUUCAUGUGUUUGUCGCUAUCGGUAUUUUCGACAAUCGAAGAAUACGAAGCGAAAGCUGGAAUUGUACUAUUCUACAUGGAGACUGUCGUCGUCGUUUGGUUCGCCAUUGAAUUUUUUUUAAGGCUGUGGUCGUCAGGAUGCAGAUCUCGAUACCAAGGAUCUAUGGGUCGCCUCAAAUUUUUGAGGCGACCUUUUUGUAUUAUAGACGUAACAACAAUCUUGGCCUCGAUGGUGGUGCUUGGAAUGGGAUCGUCAGGACAAGUGUUUGCGGCAUCGGCAUUACGGGGCUUGCGCUUCUUCCAAAUCUUACGCAUGGUGCGGAUGGACCGACGAGGUGGCACCUGGAAACUUCUGGGAUCUGUUGUUUACGCACAUAGACAGGAAUUAAUAACUACGUUGUACAUAGGCUUCCUGGGAUUGAUAUUUGCAUCAUUUUUAGUUUAUUUAGCAGAAAAAGACGUUGCCGACACAAAAUUUAAAAAUUUUGCGGAAGCCCUUUGGUGGGGAGUGAUCACGCUGUGCACCGUAGGGUACGGCGACAUGGUCCCACAAACCUGGCAAGGGAAGUUCAUAGCUUCUUUUUGCGCAUUACUCGGAAUAUCAUUCUUUGCACUCCCAGCUGGCAUACUAGGUUCAGGAUUUGCUUUGAAAGUCCAACAGCAGCAAAGACAAAAGCAUAUGAUACGUAGACGACAACCGGCUGCUACACUUAUUCAAGCAUUAUGGAGAUGCUACGCAGCCGACGAGCAUUCCAUGAGUAUAGCUACUUGGAAAAUCCAUCAAGUGCCACUUCCGAGUCCACAAACGAGUCGGGUUAUGAGCGCAUCAUUCAAGAACAAUGCGUCCUUUGUAUCGCGGCUACCGACGAUUCGCCGGCACAAAAGUACUUCUCUGCACUCCCCCGCACCACACUCCAAGCCUGCGCAUCGAUACGACGUCAACGCUAGUGCAGAAAACCUUGACGAGGACGAGGAGCCACGUUGCGUCACGUUGACACCGCGUCACAAGUCUGCAAUAAGAUUUAUCAGAAAGAUGAAGUAUUUUGUGGCUCGCCGUAAAUUUAAGGAAGCAUUAAAGCCUUACGACGUAAAGGAUGUAAUCGAACAAUAUUCCGCGGGACACGUCGAUCUGCUGGGGCGAGUGAAAAACCUCAAGUAUUUUGUCGCACGCAAGAGAUUUAGAGAAGCCUUGAAACCGUACGACGUGAAAGAUGUGAUAGAACAGUACUCUUCGGGGCACGCUGACCUCCUAAACCGAACCAAGAACCUACAGUACAGGUUAGAUCAAAUUCUUGGCAAGCAAGGUUCAAAGGCUAAAGAUGUGUAUGCAUCUAAGAUUAGCCUAGCUUCCAGAGUAGUUAAAAUUGAAAGACAAGUAGAUGAUAUAGAAAGUAAGCUGGAUCAUUUAUUAGAAUUGUACGAAGAAGAUAGACGUUGCAUGCGAAGAAUCGAUAAUGGGUUUAACGGAGGAACAGAAAGCGGAGCAUCAGGAACUAUUCAGCUAAGAGCACGUCCGGCUUUAACUGAAAAACAGUGCUCUGAACCGAAUUCGCCCGUUUCUAGAAACUUUGAACAGCCAACUCCUGCGUCAGCACCUCCUAUACCGUUAAAAAGGCCUAUGAAUAGAGGUUACUCAGAUUUAGGAACUAGGUUCAUGAGAAAGAAAGUUAUAGUCAAAACCUCCUCUAGCCGUUGUGAUGAGUCUCCUAGAGACGAUGAAGUCGUUAUAGUGGUACCGACAGAUCGCGAAGAUACACCACCACGCUUAGUGACAGACAGCUCAGAGGUAUGUGCGAGCUGUUCAGUAGAGGUAGAGACAGAGGCGGAGGCGUGCGGCACCCGGUCGGGCAGCUCGGGGUCGCCCUCGUGGUGCGAAGGCGAAGCAGGGGACGAGCGCGGGUACUGCUCGGGCGACUCACUCGCCGAAGACGCAGCACUUCUAGGCGCCGCGCAAACCGACCAACCCCCGCGAAUAUUGCGUCCCCAGAGACGAGAUGUCGCCGUCGAUCUUCACUUACUCCGGCCCGAUGUA